AUGUAUCUACAUGGGGCUUCACUGCAGAAAGCUGGAUCAGCAGGGCAAAGAAAACCAUUUUUCGAGAGGCUCCGUAGACUAGAAGAGCAGUUUCGGAGUUUCCAAGAAGUGACCUUAACACAGCUGAAGGGCAUUGCCAACAACUACAACAUGUCCUAUGACAUUGAUGCCCAGUUACAGAGCCUGGUAGAGGAGAGCCAGGCUGUGGCUCUGACAGUCAACAGGUCACAGGCCGCCAUCCAGGGGGACCUGGCCCACCUGAAGGCCUGGGUGAGGAAGACUCAGCACCGAAGCCGGAAGAUGGACAUGCGACUGCAGGCCUUGGACUUGGCCCUGACUGAGAAAACCAGGCAGUGGGUACAGGCAGGAAAGGAGCAGAAGACACAGAGGGAUGUCAUUUCAGGCCUGGCCCUGGGCACACAGGCCCUGCAGGAUGCACUGGUCAGCCUGACACACCAGGUCCACAGCCAGGGUGCCAGGCUGGCUGCUCUCGAGGGUCAACUACAGAUGGCCAGCCCUGGCACUGCAGCCCCAGGGUGGACCCCAGCCCCAACUCCAGCUCAGCCUGUGCACCCGGGCCCACUGAUGCUGCUGACAGAUAGGCAGGACCUUGCUCCUCACCCAACGGAGUCCCGGGACUUCACUGCCCAUCUCCUGGGCACACAGAAGCCCCCAGCCCCAAGCAGCCAUUGGGCACCUGGUGGGGCUGCUGCAGUCCCAAGGGAUCCUCCUCAGGGAUCAGGAGAAGUUUGCAACCUGGGUCCCGUGUUCACAUUCCCGGAUGCCUCCCCUGAGAACGUGAUCUUCCUCAGCCCCAGCUUCCUCACAGCCCUACGAGCUCUGUCCUUCUGCAGCUGGGUCCGCACAUCCUCUGGCCACCUGGGCACCCUCCUCUCCUACGCCACUGAAGAGAAUGACAACAAGGUGGUACUGCAUGGCCGAGACUCACUGAUCCCCGGGUCCCUCCAUUUUGUGAUCGGAGACCCAGCCUUCAGGGAGCUGCCUCUGCAGCUGCUGCUAGAUGGCCAGUGGCACCACAUUUGUAUCAUCUGGACAUCUGUCCAGGGCAAGUACUGGCUCCAUGUGGACCGCAGGCUAGUGGCCACUGGCUCCCACUUUAGGGAGGGCUAUGAGAUCCCUCCUGGAGGGUCCCUUGUGCUGGGCCAGGAGCAAGACAGUGUUGGUGGAGGGUUUGACAGAUCUGAGGCCUUUGUGGGGAGCAUGUCUGGCUUGGCCAUCUGGGACCGGGCACUGGUCCCUGGAGAGGUUGCGAACCUUGCCAUCGGGAAGGAGCUCCCUACUGGUGCCAUCCUGACACUGGCCAAUGCCUCAUGGGUAGGCAAGUUUGUGCAGAGGGCCAACUGCACCUGUCUGGAGCUCUGUCCAUAA